GAACCUACUGAAAGAAACCCAAAGAAUUUCGAUAUUCCUGCAACAAAUACGCUAACUAAGCGAUGAAUGCUUACUUAAUGAUGUCCCUCUUCUCACCUUCUUCACCUCAAAACUCUUCAUCAUAUAACAGUCCCCCAUUGAUUCUUCAAUCAUUGUUCCCAUAUGAUCAUCGUUCUCGCAACAGUCCAAUUAACUUCCAAUUUCAAAGGAACAUUCAGAUUGAAAGGUCCAAGAAAAAGAAGAACUGUGGAGUUGUUUGUAGCCAGAAUAUCACCGAAAGCUAUGGCGGAAACCUCAGUACUAGUGUUCUUGAGAAGCCAAGGGAGAGCCUUCUUCAAGGCAACCUGAUCAGCAGCAGCACAACGACGUCGUUCAUUAACAUGCCUUUAGAAAUCAGACCCCUUGAAGGUGCUAUUGGGAUCGUCAACUUUUUUGAAGGCAAGAACUUCCUCAUCACUGGUGCAACAGGGUUUGUGGCCAAAGUUUUUGUGGAGAAGAUCUUGAGGAUGGUUCCAGAAACAGGAAAGAUUUUUGUGUUGAUCAAGGCAAAAGACAAGGAAGCAGCCAUGGACAGACUCAAAGCUGAAAUAAUAGAAUGUGAACUGUUCAAGAUUAUCAAACAAGGUCAUGGAGAAAGAUACGAGGAGUUCAUGAUGAGCAAGCUGAUCCCAGUGGUUGGAACAGUAUGUGAACCUGAUCUGGGGAUGGAUUCUCACACUGCUACUGAUAUUGCCAAGCAAGUUCAUGUGGUUGUCAACUCUGCAGCCACUACCUCCUUCGAUGAGAGGUACGAUGUGGCUCUAAACACAAAUACCAAAGGACCUUUUCGUCUUCUAAACUUUGCCAAGAAAUGCAAGAAUCUCCGUCUCUUCCUUCAUAUAUCAACAGCUUAUGUUGGUGAUGGAGAAAGACAAGGGAUAAUAUUGGAGAAGCCACUGUACAUCGGACAAGGAAGAGCUAGGGCAAUCACAGAACAUGAUAUAAAUUUUGAGAUAAACUUGGCAUCAGAAAUUGUCAAUGCAGUCAAACAGAAUCAAGCUACUCAGAUGAUGAAAGAGCUGGGAAUUGAGAGGGCGAAUAUGUAUGGAUGGGCAGACACGUACUCAUUCACAAAGGCGAUGGGAGAGAUGUUAAUAAACAGCUUCAGAGAUGACAUCCCAAUGGUCAUACUUCGUCCUUCUGUCAUUGAAAGCUCUUAUACUCAACCUUUCCCUGGCUGGAUUCAAGGAUACAGGGUUCUUGAUCCACUUAUUAUUAAUUUUGGGAAGGGUCAGCUCCCAGGGUUUCUUGGAGACCCUAAAGCGGUUAUAGAUGUGAUUCCAGUGGAUAUGGUUGCAAAUGCCACAAUGGCAGCAAUUGCAAAACAUGGUGCCGCUGCAACACCAGAGUUAAGUGUGUACCACAUUGGUUCUUCUGUGGCAAACCCUAUUUCAUUUGGUGAUGUUUUUGAUUAUGCUCGUCGCCAUUUCAAUUCUUUUCCAUUAUUGGAAAAGUCCUCAAAUGGGAAUAAUCAAAACAUCAAAAUUCAAAAGAUGAACUUCUUCAACUCUUUGGAUGACUUCUCGUCUUACAUUUCGAUGGAGAUGGCAAAGCAAACUGGAUUGUUGGAUGCAACAAAGCUUGAACCUCAUCAUCUUCAUCAAACCCUCCAAAAGAAGUCCGCAAAGAAGGCACAGCUUUUUACUCACUUGGCUAAGCUCUAUAAGCCAUACAUGUUUUAUAAAGCAUGGUUUGACAAUGGCAAUACACAGAGGUUAUAUGGAGAAAUGUCUGGUGAAGAGAUGAAGAGCUUUGGAUUUGAUGUGGGAAGCAUAAAUUGGGAGCAAUACAUAUCCAACAUUCACAUCCCAGGCGUGAGAAAACACAUUUUCAAGUGUUGAAUUCUUGAAGCGAAGGUCUCAGUAAUAGUGAUUUCAUCAGUAUAUAUAUGUGUGAGAGAGAGAGAGAUAUAUAUAUAUAUAUAUAUAAAAUUUGAUCAUAUUAUAAAAUUUAGUUAUGCAUAUUCUGGUGUUCUGCAAUUGUUAGUGUAUGAUGAUGCAGAAGAAAUUAAAAGGGGAGUCUCCUUCCGUGGUUGUAAACUUGUAAUCAACAUCUUACCAGUAUGAAAUGUUAUUAUUAAGAAUUCCUCUUAAUAAUAACCUUGUAUUGAAAUUUUUAUUAUCUAAAAUAUUACAAUUAAAUUUUUUUAUAAAAUUAGGAAUUAUACAUGCUAUGUUUUUAACUAUAAAAACGCGCGCCCUCUGUCCAAAAUAAAGAACAGAAGAGAGCCAGUCCAGAGGCUAGAUGGACUAGACUAGACCAGAGGAGGAUUGGGUGAAGCUUAGUGUUGAUGGGGCUGUGAAGGGUGGGGAUGGAGUUGCUGGCUGUGGUGGUUUAGUCAGAGAUCAUAGUGGCAACUGGAUUAAGGGUUUUGCCCGGAGAUUAGGAAGAUGUAGCAGUGAUGAUGCUGAAAUGAGGGGAAUUCUCGCUGGUUUAGGAAUUACUACAGAAUUUACCAUAUAGAAGGGUGAUUUUGGAGACUGAUUCGGUUUCUGCUGUGAGAUGCAUGGAGGCAUUGCUGAUAAAUGGAGAAAGGAGAAGUAGGGUUAUGACCCGUAUUAGCAAUAUACUGGAUAAUGGAUGGGAAAUCAAACUUCAACACAUUUUUAGAGAAGGAAACGCUCGUGCAGACUGGAUCGCUAAGUGGAGCUGCCUACAAUCCAAUUCUUUGUAUGUUCUAGAUGAUCCACCUGAUGGUUUCGGAGUUUAUCUGUUUAGGGAUAUAUUGGGCAUGUCAUGCCCAAGACUUGUUGACUAAUUUUGUUUUUGUUUUGGGCUUUGUGCCCCCCUCUUAGUAUCAAAAAAAAAAAAAA